CUCUCCCCGGCGCCAAAGAACAUAUUUCCGGUGGACGCGGCCAGGCACGACUAGCGCAGGCGGAGCAAUCAGAGCUUCUUGACAGGGCCGAGGGGGCUCCCUCCCACGUCCUUGGGGCUUAGGCCGGCCUGACAGGGUUCAAGUCGAGGGUACCUAGCGACUUCACGGAGACUGAAGGAAGGGGAGAGUAGGUGGUUGGUCAUCGAAUGAAGCAACCCAUCACAAGAGCAGUGAGCGGACAACUUGAACGAUACAACGGCACAGAGCUCACUCGCCGAAGUAGGAGCAGUGCUAGUAGGACAAUGUACAUUUUGUAGGCAAGCGGCUGAGGAACCACAAUUAAUUAGAUGCCAAUGUACUACGUGUGUGUAGGCACCAGCCUAGUGCUGAUAGGCACUGUUGGACCCUGGAUUUGCCAUAAUUGCGUGCCCGGCCAUUUUGCCUUUAGGCGCCUUGUUAAGCAAUUCUCUUGUCUAAAACGCUCCAUAGUUUGUGCAGCUGCAGGCAUCAUUUCCCCUCCCCCACAGCCAUCCAUCACUGCAACUGCGCUGCCCUGCCCUGCACUGCGCCAACCCUUCCGCCCUCAACCACCGCCUCGAACUCAACCGCCAGCUCCAACAUAACCACAGCACCACCAUACCAUCCUCAUCUGCUGCCAGUGCCAUCCCAACCCUCCUUACACAGCAGUCUAGCCGCCUCCCCUUCAUACCUGGCUCGACACCCACUACUGCUUCAGAGCUAGACCCUCCUGCGCCAUCAUCAACCGUCCUGUACCGCGCGCCACUGACCACACUGAUACACACGCUGGUCACCUCUCCACCCCUCAUACCAACUUCUCAUCUGGUGUCAACUCUUGUCAACCAGUAUCCGUCAUCCUUUCGCACCUCCAUUCUGAAACUCCUCUUCCGCUUACGGCUCUCGUCUCACGACCUUCUUUGUGGCGGGUUCUUCCUUUGACAACUGCCUUGGCCUUUUCGGCCGAAUUCCGCAGAGUCAGGCGGGGAGUCAAUUGCCUGCGCUGUCGCUCGCGUCACCUCCAGCCGUACGGUCACGUCGCCCGAGUCCUCUCGAUCAAUCAUUGUGCCUGUGAGACGCAUAAACCUUCAAACUGGCUGGCACAACCGAACGGAGAACCUCCACACAUGGAGGGUUCUUGAGAAGCGUGUUUGGAAGCAGAAAAGACCGGGAUGCGGACUCGGAGAGCACACCUGCUGGCACCGGCGCCGACGGCAAUAGAGAGAAACCAUCAUCUCCGACCAGCGGCAUUACAGUCAAGACUAGCGAUCUGAGCCCGAAGUCACCCGUCAGCGCACAAGAAGAGAAGGCACCGUCGCCGAAUACCGAGGCGAGCAAGAAACGACGGAGUAGCAGUUCCAAGGCGAAGGAGAUAUUCACGCAGGCCAAAAACUCCCUGAUCCACGGCGACAGGGACGGUCCUUUAACACCGAUGCAGAAACUCGCCAGGACCGAUCCUGCGCUUAGUGUUCCCCAGGGCUCCAACAACAAUUCCGCCGGCGAGUCGCAACCGACCCCCAACUCUUCCUUCUUGGUGGGAGUUACGGAAGACAAGAACAAGAAAUGUCGUCGCACGAUGGAAGACACCCACUCCUACCUCUACAACUUCCUGGGCACUCCCGCGCCUGUGUUGGCCUCCUCCAACACAUCGUUGUCUAGGAGUAAAACUAAAGACUCUCGAAAUAGUCUGACCACCGUGCCCUCGGACUCGGAGCAACAUGUGGUGGAAACGGACAAUGGAUACUUUGCCAUUUUCGAUGGACAUGCUGGUACCUUCGCGGCCGAAUGGUGUGGAAAGAAACUCCACGUCCUUUUGGAAGACCUCAUGCGCAAGCAUCCCAAUGUUCCUGUUCCCGAAUUACUGGAUCAGACGUAUACCAUGGCCGACAACCAAUUGGAGAGGCUGCCCCUGAAGAACAGUGGAUGUACGGCUAUUACUGCAGUGCUGCGCUGGGAAGAUCGGGUGCCCACCAACCACUCGGCAACAGGAUCUCAAGCCAUUGCAGCAUUGGCUGCAGCCGCGGCAAAAGAAGCGGAAAAGAACGAGAAUCCUCAGGAAGCCAAGGAUAAGGAUGCGACACCGCGGUCCAACUCGACGGCCGAAGCGGCGGCGGCGGCGAUUCAACAAGCGAAGCAGAAGGCUACACGGCAGAGGGUGUUGUAUACGGCUAACGUAGGGGAUGCACGCAUUGUCCUAUGUCGAAAUGGCAAAGCCCUGCGUCUCUCAUACGACCAUAAAGGAAUGGAUGAGAAUGAAGGCCGCCGUAUCUCCAAAGCAGGCGGUUUGAUUCUCAACAACCGUGUCAACGGAGUUUUGGCUGUGACUCGGGCUUUGGGUGAUUCAUACCUCAAAGAUUUGGUCACUGGCCAUCCCUACACUACUGAGACCGUCAUCCAACCGGAACAAGAUGAAUUCCUGAUUUUGGCUUGCGAUGGGCUUUGGGAUGUCUGCUCCGAUCAAGAGGCAGUGGAUUUGAUCCGUAAUGUCCAAGACCCUCAGGCUGCCUCGAAAAUCCUGGUCGAUCACGCUCUGGCUCGGUUUUCCACCGAUAACUUGUCGGUCAUGGUGGUCCGGUUCGACCCCCAGAAACUGCAGCAAAACACCAAGAUCGACAUUGGGGUGGAAAGCGAGGCAACCAAAGACAAGACAGCAAUCAGCGAGGUCGAGAUGAUUGUUGGAGAAGCUCGUCGCAACUCCGGCAUAGCCGCAGAGGGAGCCGUGUCAGAUCAAGAUUCGGAAGAACUUCGAGAUAUGGUGAUCCAAGAACAGGAGGAAGAGGACCAAGAACCGGGACCUGAACUCACACCUGAAGGGAAACUCGAGGCGGAGAAGCUUCUUCAAGAAAAACAGAAGACUCCCGAAACGCAUGACAGCCAACAGGAAACACAGCAGACCCACAAGACCCAGGAGAAGGCCGAGAAAACUGAUGAAACUUAGAAUGAGCGGCAGACUCCCUUUGAACACACUGUAUUGAUGCAAGUUUGGACUACUUCGGGUACGGAUGUCGAACGGCGUCGCUGGAGGGCUGAUGAGAGACUUGUUGAUACGCCCCUGGUAUGUUUGGAUGGAGCAACUCCGCCUGGAUAUACGGUGGUAGGAGAUCUGGUCAACAGCAUUCAAAAAGUGUCAAUCCGGCACGUUGGUCACGUCGAACGUCUCGACGAGGCAUGGGAACCUUUCCGAUUUCUUGCAAGUUCAGGCAAGGCAGCAUAAGCCGAUUUCUGGGGUUUCUGGAUGAUGGGUCAAGGCUUGCUAGGUACAUUGAAAAGGGCCGGACACGGCGGAGGCAUGGCUUGAUUGAUUGAUUGACUGAGUGAAUGAAUGACCCAUUGGCUGAUUUAGUUCUUGAAUGACCGAUUGAUCCAUACCACAUAUCAACCUGUUCAAAAUACUCGACACCUUCCAGGAUAGAGGCGGGGAUAAUUCUUUGGGGGGAUUUGGCAGCAUAUUUCUGGUGCAGUGAUGGUAGAUCCGGAAGUACGUAGAGCUGGAUCAGGCUUGGUUAUACAGUAUAUCCACGACAAACCAAACUGUUCGGUGUACAGUAGUACUAGACGACCUACCUACAGCCCUCCGACUGAGGAGAUGCAUACAAUACUAGUACUACUAAAAGUAGUGUGUUCUUACCUAGCCUCUACCUGAGCCGGCGGACCAAAUGCCUUCCUUUCGCC